AUGAAAAAAAAAAUUGUACAAAUAGGAAGAGGUGAAGAGCUGCUGGACACUUACAGUAGCUGGGCUUACAGUCACUGGAGUGGGCUGCUGUCGAAAAGUGGAAGAAGUCUACAGUCGCUGGACGGAUCCUUCAACAACAAGUGGAAGGCUGCUCCGGCGAUCGACGCUCUUCUCUUCUCCCUCAUCCUCUUCUGCGUCACCUGCUACAGCACCAGCAGCAGUCCUCCUCUGUGUCGCCUGCUACACGAGCAUCAGCAACCCUUUUUUGCGUUGCUUGCUACAGCCGGUGCUGGUGCUGGUGCUGUGGAGAUGAUUUCUGACAUGGGUUUUGAGCCAAUUGAUCAAUCUUCUGUUGCCGGGGAAACUGAAAAUCAAUCAAAGGAGAUUGGGAAGGUACUAUGUUCAGAUGUUGGGGCUGCUGAAAUUGAUCAUAAUUAUAGUACUGCUAGUUUUCUGUCUCCUCUGGACACCAAGGAUUGUUCUAACAAAAAUAAUUCGGGAUUUGAUGAUGAUCGGCUUGUUAACUCAAGAAGUCAAGAGCAAAUUGCUGAUAUUAGACUCGAUAAGCUUAAACCUGGAAGUUUCCUUCCCAGUGUGAAAUGCAGUUCUAGCCCUGAAGCCGCUUCAUAUGUGAAGGACCACGAAAACUGUGGCUUUCUGAAGUCUUCAUGCAAUGACGAGACAAUUAGUAUGGUGUCAGAUGUUGAUGAAAGCAUGAACAAAAGAUCUCCUUCUUCUUCUAUUGCAGAUGAUGAUGCUUCUUCCGAUGGACCAUCAUCUGCUAACUUCUUCAGUGGCUGUAAUAUGGUUGAUGGCAGAAUGGAAAUUGAUUUCUAUGCUGAUUAUAUCAAUUAUCGUGGUGUACAUUAUGUGGAUUCCACGGUGACAUUUUCGAGAAGUUCUGUAAUAGUUAAAAGCAAAACUAUCAAUGGGAAUCCGGGGACUUUUCAUAUUCAGUUGGAAAUUGAGGAUAUCAUCAAAAUAGAGUCCCAGUGGUCAGCUCGUUAUGAGUUGGGCUUAAUAAGUGUCCACUUCGUCUCAAACAGCGCAGUAGGAGACGAGACUGUUGACAAUACUUCAGGAAUUCAGGAGUUGUAUUUUCCAGCAGUUGACUCUAACUGGUAUGAAAAACAAGAAGCAAUUGAAUCUCUGAAUAUGAGAUAUAAAGAACUGUGGAAAGUCCGGCUUGAUAUUGAAAGAGAAGAUUGUACAGAAGCCACACAUGAAGGGAAAGCCAUGCAGCAGUCAAGAAGCUAUUUCCCCAAUUACCACUGGAGUCUUAUAGUAAUAUGCUAUUUUGGCAAAGUGGUCGACUACGAAGAUGUUGAUGCAAAUAAAUUAGCCAGAGUUCCAUGCAUAUUGCAUAUGGAUUCUAUAAAAGGAAGUCACGCGGGCCUUAAGGAUCUUAUGCAAAGUUAUCUAUGGGAGGAGUGGAAAGAAAGGCAGAAGGAAACACAUGAAGAUUUGUACUCAAAAUUUAGAAACUUAAAAUUCAUUUCACUUGAGCUACCUCAGCAGCAAAACUCAUUUGACUGUGGCCUCUUCUUGCUUCACUAUGUAGAGCUUUUUCUCGAGGAAGUUCCUGCUGACUUCAACAUACAUAAGAUAACUUCAUUGAGCAACUUUCUUACCGCAGAUUGGUUUCCCCCUGGUGAAGCUUCCAUCAAGAGAGCACAUAUUGAGAGAUUAAUAUAUGACCUAUGUGAGAAUCAUUCUGGAGGAAGUUCUUCAUCUAUUGGCAGUGACAUGCAUUGUUAUCCUAAUGGUAGCAAGACAACUAAUGAAUAUGGAAAUGCCGAGCAGCUUGUUUCAGAAAAAUCUGUUCCUACACAGGAUUGUCAUGUCAGUUCACUAGUUGGCUCUGGAGUUGAGAUGACUUUAUUACAAACUUCGUCUUCGAGGAGUACUCAAUGUGCCAGCAAUACAGGAUUGGUUUUAAGGGAGUUUUUUGAGCCAGGAUCUGCUUCGGGAUCAUUUAUUGAUGGACACUGUCAAGCCUUCGAGCAUCGAUCAUCUCUCAAUGAGCUUAAGAGACCUAUUUCUCCAAUUCAGGAAGAGAUGGAAGCUAAUGGGCACUUUGUCUAUACAACACCAGCAGAAAUUGCUUACCCAGAUAUCACAGCAGAAGCAUCUAUCUUUCCUUACCCGUGUGGAGAUUUUAGAUUAGAAUCUGUUCCCCAUGCUGCAUUAGAGGAUUCUGAUUCAUCUCCGGCAGAUUCAGUUUGUGAUUCCGAUAACUUAUUAGAAGUGAAGGAUGAUGAAAAAUGUCUAUCUGUUGGAGAAAUCAGCUUAGAGGAUAAAAUACAGGAGCCAAGAUGUGUAUCGCCCGAAAAUGUAGAGCACUUGCCCGAGUUCUUUGGCUCUGCUUCUGGCAAAAUGCCAAAUGCUGCAGAAUCUCGCUGCCAUGAUCAAACAAGUGAGCACAAUGAUAAUGCGCAUUCGAUCAUCUCUUUCCCAAAUAAUUUGCAGGAAUUUUAUCAUCAAGGAAAUGAGUUUCUGAGUGAUGGUAUGGGUCGUGAGUGCUUUGCUGAUUGCCCAGCCUCUGCUUCUGGUGAGAUUUUGUUGGAUGCUUCGGACUCUGAAAGCCCAAUUCGAAUGCUCGACCAAAAUGAUCACGUGGAUGCACUCGCACGUUCUUUGAAGAAUUCACCACAAUCUUCCCCUCAUGAUGAUGAUAUUAUGCUCGAUGAUGUUGACAUUGGCAGCGAGUCAGUAAUGGAAUCCGACAUGCAGCGUGCUGCAAAGAGGAUGCGACUUGAUCCUGUUACCCAAGAGGAAGAACUAAUGAGUAACUUAUCCAAGGAUGAUCCACCCUUGUGA